AUGCCGGCGAGCGCAUUGCGCACGCUUUGGACGGUGGCGAAGCCAAAAACACCGAUGGUGGCCGUCCGCUGGCGUGAGCGGCGGCGGCUGAGAAGUUUCGGCGGGCUCUCUUUUACUGCGACUCGGUCGCCAAAGCGCCGCGACCGCGCUGUGGCAAGCUCUCUGAGCAAGACCAUGGCCCAAGACGACUGGCGCGAGGUGCUCCUGCUGGUCGACACGCCAAAGGGCCCUCGGUCUCUCCGCACACGGCUGAGCGCCGCCGCCACGCUCGCCGAGGUCGAAUGCGAGGCGGUCUCGAUGGCCUCGGCGGUUGGCGGCGGAGUGGCAGACGUGAUCCCGCUAGAGUAUUACGACGCCCUCUUCAGCGAGUGGUGCGUCCUCACCACGUCCGUUCUGCCGGGCCUUCCCGCCACCGCGACGCUGCGGUGCGGCGGCUCGGCCGCGUGCGCCUCGAGCGGUUGGAUGGGCUCCUCGCCCGGUGGGCUCCGCUUGGGCGAGCUGCAAUCGCUCGGGCGGCGGCAGAGCCUCGAGGAGCCGCAGGCGCUGCGCGGCCUCCCCGACGGCCGCCGCCGCUCCGACGCGGGGCAGCAUCGCUCGCUCCUCGCCGCGCUGGCCGCAGAGGACCUCACCGCGCUGCCGCUCGCAGCCAUCUGGCUCGAGGAACGGCUCAAGACGGUGUCGCUCGCGACGGUGUGCGUCGUUGCGCUCGGAUUUCUGGCGUGGUACCUUCAGUCGGCGCUACAGAUGCUCCUCAUUGCCGCGCUGCUCGCCGUGCUGCUCGAGCCGCUCGUAGACCGCCUUUCUGCGCCGCCUUGCGGCGGGAUGCCGUCGCUUGCGCUGCCUCGGCCGCUUGCGAUCGCAAUCACGCUGGCGCUCGUGCUCGCCCUCUUCCUGCUCCUGCUGCUGCUCCUCUACAAUGCCGUCGACUCCUUCAUGCGACGCGCUCCCGAGUUUGGCGACGCGUCGCAGCAUGCGCUCGAGGCGCGCGCGCGGCUGGGGCCCUACUUUGACAUCGACAUCCUCGCCAAGGCGCUCGCGACCUCGAUCAAGGACGCCUCCAUGAUGAGCGCCGCCCUCGCCGGCACCUUCUCCUUCGUGGGCGGCCUGCUGUUCCGCGGCCUCGCCAUCAUGGCGCGCCGAGAGAUUGAGCCAGGCCGCUGA